AGCUAGGUUUAUAACGUUAACUUGCUUUGCUCGUCCUUGGAACGCCGCCGAGACCUCUCCACUUCCUCACUUCAACGCUCUGCUCUGGCUAACUAUAAAGGAAAAUCAAUCUUGUUCUAACAAGAAAUGAGCGGAGUUUGAAACUAUUGUGGCAUGGCUCCUGGCCAAUCAUUUAUGGACAUUGACCUUGACAUUAAACCACACUUCACAGGAAAAAUGGCACCUGAUAGUUCCCUGACAAACCCAGAUGGUAAGGGUUUAAGGUGCAAGAGUAACUGCGAAGGCACCAACACUGGGACACAAGCUAUGUUGGAUGAUCAAAAUAAUGCUCCAAAGUGCCCUGAGGAUCCUGAGGUUGAUAUAAUUGGAUGUACAAUUAAAAGUGACAUCAGGUUAUCCAAAUGUGAGGAUCCGGAUGCAACUGAAUAUUCAAGCUCAUUUGCCGACACUACAUCUGAUAUUGAGAAUUUGUCAGGAUUGAGUGAAGGAGAAGUGGAAUCACAAUUCUUUGGUGACAGCAGUUUGGCUUCUCCAUUUGAAGCACUGAGUAGUUCGUUUCCAAUGAGGAAGAAGUUGACAAAUCACUGGAGGAACUUUAUACGCCCUUUGAUGUGGCGAUGCAAAUGGACAGAAUUGAGAAUUAAGGAGAUAGAGUCGCAAGCAUUAAAAUAUUCCAGGCAGAGUGCAGCAUACGACCAGAGAAAACAUUCAGGAUUCGACCAGCUUACAUUUGAAGGAUUGGGUUCAAAGUCAUUGCCAUUUUCUAGUCAAUGUUUCAGAACAAAGGCUGUAAAGAGGAGGAAACGGAAGAGAGUUGAAGAAACCACUGAUAUAACAUCAUACAUGUCACAGCAUAACCUUUUCUCUUAUCUUGAAAUCAAGAAGUCUGAUCCAGAUGGAAAUUCAAUGGCUGGUGAUUUUGGUAAUCCAGUAAUCACCAACCCAAAUGGCGAUUGCAAUGACAAAUUUGAAAUGGAUAAUGAUUGGUCAUUUUUGGAGUUGAAAGAUGGUGAACAUUUACUGGAGCAAGUCCUUUGGAAAAUUGAAAUGGUGCAUUCGCGGGUUCACAAACUGAAGGCUCAAAUUGACAUGGUACUGGCCAAAAAUGCUUCGAAGUUCUCUUCCUCGGAGAAUUUGAGCCUUCUAGCACCUUGUGAUGUACAGACUAGCUCUGCUCAUAGUCCUACAUUCUCUGCUGGCAAUGGAGACAAUGUAUCAGUAGGACCCAUAUAUACUCCAACUAAACAAAUAUCAGAGUAUGACAAUGCAGAUAUUGUUAUGCCUGGAAGUGCCAUUUUAAGUUAUGGGGCGGCAGUCAAUGUUCCCGAUAUAAUUGAAAGCACGGUGGGAAUGUUGUCUGCUGCUGAUGUCACCCUUCAUCAGCCACAGAUUGGAGAUUCAUCUGAAGAUAUUGUAGAUAGUGUUCUGGCACAUAGUGAGGCAGCUGAAGCGGAAAGGCAUACUUUCAAAAGUAUGGGUAACCAAUCCACAGAGACGCAUCAGGAACCAGAGAUAGGUGACCAAGAAGAAAGCACCACUCCCUCUUUAAUUCCAAUGUCAGAACCUCUUUCUGUGGAGAAAUCUGUCGGGCCCCCGGAGCCAUCAACCCUGACAUGUUGUUUAGCAUCAUCAGAUGUCCAUUUUCCCAGGAAUAAGAGAAAGCGUGGGGAGCGCAAAGCUGGCUCUGGUAUUUGGAGCAGGAAAUCCUCGGGCGAGGCUGAUAGCCAGUGAGUCAGAAUUUCUUGUUCCUUGUGUAUAUUUCUUCCACAGAGUAAAGACGCCUUAAGUUGAUGGAGAAUAGGAGCAUGGUGAAUGGGCAUGUAGUGGCGUUAUGUACUUUUCAGAUGAAUGUGGCUCCAGUUUUGGUAGUUGCAUGAAUCAUGUAAGGACAGUUCCUGCAACCACUGUUAGAUCUACCAAUUCUGCAGCC